CUCCUUUUUCUACAGCUAUGCGAUGGAAUGAAGAAGAUGUUAAUAGGUUAGGGAAAACUUAUUGUUACGAUAACGAAAGCGAUGAUUCAGAAUAUGAAGAUUUUUGGUCAAGCGGAGCCCCAGAAGAUGAUUCCAAGCUUCAAAGUAAAUUAAGUGAAGGUAAUCUAGAUAAAGUAAUUAAUACACGUUUUGUUGUUACUGAAAGCGAAAUUUUGUUUGCUAUGGUAAAGUUUACUGAAAAGUAUUUUUUGCCGAUUUCGGCACUUGAAGAUUUGAGCAAAAUGAUAAAUAAUUUUGUAAACUCGCCCGUUCUUCGCGAUUCGCAUUACCGGUUUGAUCAAUUAUUACGGUCUAAAGACGGCUUAGAAUAUCAUGCUUAUUGUGUAGAAUGUGAUGCUUAUAUCCGUCAAUUUUAUCCGAACGAGAAGACGGUUAUAUGUAAAAAGUGCAACAACAACAUAUCCGUCAAGGAAAAGAAUUUUUUUGUUCUUAUAAAUGUAGAUAAAGAAUUAAAAAAUCUAGUUGAAAAACAUGGCGAGUAUUACAUUUCAAUAGUGAAUAAUAGCGAACGAUCGCAAGUUUUCCGUGAUAUAUAUGACGGAAUCAAAUACAAAGAAUUCGUCAAAUCGUUAUCUUUGAGCGAAAGGGAUUUAUUUCUUACUUGUACGUUUAAUACCGACGGGUCACUACCUUUUGAUUAUUCCACAUAUUCAAUCUGGCCGAUCCAAAUAGUUGCCAACGAAUUGCCGCAACAAGUAAGAUUUGAUAAUCCCGUUACUUGUGCCCUCUGGUUCGGUAGAUCGAAGCCAAAUAUGGAAAUAUUUUUAAAAGCGUUUGUUCAAAAUAUUAAUAAAAUCAAUGAAAGAACCAUUCCAUGUAAAAUUAAUGGUAUCUUGAAAAACAUAAAAAUAUACCCAAUUUGCUGCUGUGUCGAUACAAUCGCUCGCGCCCCAGCGCAAGGCCUAAUUCAGUUUAAUGGACGGUUUGGAUGCAAUUGGUGCCUUCAUCCCGGAAAAUCAGUAAAAAGUGAAAAAAAAAAGUUAUAAAAUAUCCACUGCUUGAUAUCGUGCCCGAAAAGCGAACUUCCGAUGGAAUGUUAGCUCACAUGGAGCAGAAAUUAACAACAAAGGCACCAGUAUUUGGUGUAAAAAAAACGUCGGCGCUAAUUCAUAUGCCGUUUUUUGAUUUAGUAGAAGGGUUCGUUCCCGAUAUUUUACAUAUAAUUUUAGGAAUAUGCCGACAAUUUUCACAUCAUUGGUUUGAA